UCAACGCAAAUAGGACGUACCCAUGGUCACAAUCAAUCUGGGGAGAAACUCGACGUGACAUUCAAAAGGCUGACAUAACCAAGUUUAUACUUGCAGUGUUAAUCAUUUGCUCAUUAACGAACAUUCAGUGAUGAUGAUAUGCAAGAGUGUAGUGAUCAGUAGCAUAAUAAUUGCACUGCAACUUACGGCGUGUGUGGCUUUAACUUCCUCUAAUCGUUAUAAUCGUAAUAAUCAACCAAUAACCUGUGUCAAGGACAAGAAACUAGACGGGCAGCUACUGCAGAGUCCCGACAACGACACCGUCUACCUGAUUCUCGAUGGAUGCAGGAAUCCCAUACCUAAUAACGAAACCUUCAACAACCUGUUCAGGAGCCGCGACUGCAUCGAAACUACACGCCUCUUCAGGACAGUCUGUCACUGCACAAAUGUUGAAAUAACUUCAGGGGCAAUACUGGCAAGGGAAACCGACGGAAUGGACCUGUACCUGGUCACUAAAGGUGUCAAAAGGCUCCUCAGCGAUACAAACACAUUCACGGCCUUCUGCCUCGACUCGAACAAAGUAAUUACUAUGGAUAAAAAGCUCAAUAUCGUUCUGCACUACGUGAAGGAGGGAUUGCCUAUACUCGUUGGUGCUCAUCAAUAGAAACGCAAAGCAUUGCACAACAUUAUCUCACGGCAUUGUUUUCGUGUUGUUUCAUUUAAAAAAAACGUUUCUUUUGCAUUUCAGCUCAUACAGCUACUUUUCCAUGUAAUAUUCGAAGAGUUGUACGGGUAGCGAUUUCACAUUUUCGAAGUUCCGCCUUAGACUGUGUAUAUUAGUAUAUUAGUGCUCAUGAGAUAAGAAUAGUCACGCAUCUGAUUUAUAGGAAACAGUUGAUAAGCAAACACU